AAUAUGGUGCCAAAGUUGAUAUUUGGUCUCUUGGUAUUAUGGCUAUCGAAAUGAUUGAGAAUGAGCCACCAUAUUUAGAUGAAGAACCACUUAAAGCGUUAUAUUUGAUUGCUACAAAUGGUACUCCCACUUUGAAAAAGCCCGAAAAAUUAUCACGUGAAUUAAAAAGUUUCCUUGCUGUCUGCCUUUGUGUAGAUGUUAAGAGUAGAGCAACCUCAUUGGAACUUUUAGAGCAUGACUUUCUUAAAAAAGCCUGUCCACUAUCAGAUCUUGCUCCUUUACUCAAAUUUAAGACCGCUAAGGAUGGCAGGUCGUGA